AUGAAGCGGCAGCAACAGCAAGAAGGCGCCCGCGUCCACCUCCUCUCGGGGGCCCCCUACCGCCACGACGCGCCGGACGCGGCCCCGUCGCCGAUGAUCACCAAGGGGUGCGCGACGUUCUGGGUGGGCGAGGAGGGGGAGGCGCCGCGGCGGGUCGCGGUGCCGGUGGCCCGCCUCGGGCACCCGCGGAUGCUGGAGCUGCUCGGGGAGGCGAAGGAGGAGUACGGGUUCGCGCACGAGGGCGCCGUCGUCGUCCCGUGCGGCGUCGAGCGAUUCAUGCGGGCGGUGGAGGCCGCGGCGGCGACCGAAGGCCGGCACCGGCACGGGUACCACCACCAUCGCUUUCGCCUGCCUCACAUUGCCCGGUGCUUUAGGCCGUCGCAUCUCGUCGCUUAG